AUGGGCAGACCAGCAGAGGAGCAGUGCUUUGGCUGUCAGUGCAUGGCCGCCUUUCCUGGCCUUUGGUUGGCCAACGGCACUUUCUCUGAGGAGUACACGUGCGAGCAAGCAAAGGUGCAGAACCUGAUCCCAGAGUUCCAUUGGGGUGGCCCAAAGGCGCUGAUGUGGUGCCGUCGCUUCACUAGCGCUCUCAACAGGCCGGCUCUGGGCCCAGGUGCACCAGUGCUGACGAGGUGUCCGGAUGGGCUUCUUUCACACACGAUGUGCAGGUUUUCAGGUUCGUACUCUCGCAUCAUGAAACGCAACCGGCCUCCCUACAUCGACUUUGAAACAGGCUUUCCAAAGUCAGAAGCGGCGAAGCAAACUGUUGUGGCAGCUUUCACACUGGCCAAACAGCAAAAACUAGAAAAGCUCUUGGAGGCGACUCCUCAGAAAACUUUCCGAGGUCGAGUCAUCAAGCAGCUUUCUACCAGAAGGAUACGGCACUCCGGUCGAAAUGACCUCGGCAGGAUCUGCACCCGGCACCGAGAGGGUGGUGCAAUGCAGCGGCUCCGUUUCGUAGACUUCAAGCGCGGGCGGAAGGACAUUCCUGCGACAGUGCUUCGCAUUGAGUAUUCUCCGGAAAGAACAUCGCACAUCGCUUUGAUCCAGUACCAGGAUGGUGUCUUGAGCUACAUCCUGGCGCCUUUGACACUUCGGCCUGGCGACCAGGUCGUAGCUAGUGAGGCUGCCAACAUCGUGCCGGGAAAUUGCCUUCCUCUGAGGAACAUUCCAGUUGGUUCCAUCAUUCACAACAUUGAACUGCGACCAGGUGCUGGUGGUCAGCUCAUUCGUGCUGCUGGCACAUUCGCAACAAUCAUCACGAAGGACCGGGAGUAUGCAACCAUCAAACUGCGGUCCACAGAGAUCCGGAAGUUCCCAUUGGAAUGCUGGGCCUCCAUAGGACAACUUUCACACCUGGAACGGGCAAUGCGUUUCAAAGGCAAAGCUGGCAUCAAUCGCUGGCUUGGCUGGCGGCCAUCCGUUCGAGGGAAUGCACAGGAUCCGCACACCCAUCCGCAUGGCGGUGGCACCAGUGCAAAGCACACCAAGAGGCCACCAGUGUCCCCCUGGGGCAUCCUUCGCACCGGCUACAAGACACGCUCCCCUCUGAAGCCUCUGGGCUUGAUUGUCCGGCGGAAGCUUCCUGGCAAGAUGCAGAAGAAGUUUGGCAUUGCAUCGUGA